AUGAGCGACUCUGACACCUUGCAGGUGAGCAUAAACGGUGAAGAUGUAGAAGCACCUCAUGGCCGAUUUGUGGACCUUCGUAUGAACAAAGAAGCAGCUGCGGUCGCUGCUGAAUCUCAAGCCAAAGAGCGUCUUAGCAGCACUCAAAAUGAGCUUUCUGCUGAUCUUCGUAUCAAUCUUCUUGACACUGUUCGGAAUUUGAAGAUUGGUCGUGCUGGUAAAAUCGCUGUACCAUUGCCGAAGAAGAGUGACGGUGGAAAACAGUGGAAGCUUAUUGCCGAGACGACCAUCGAGAAUGGUCGUCGCUUGAUAACUUUCACAUCGCACGUCAGUGUAACAAACCAUCUGGACGUACCAAUGGAACUUUAUUCGAAGAAUAACACUAAUUUGGAUUUAUUUGGAACAGUGUCUCCGGGAGAGACGCUGAAUCUAGUGGUCCCACUGCUAUUUUCAGCGACCGGAGAGAUCUUCUUCAGACCUGCUAAUGACAAAUGUGAAGUCAGCUUUGAAUCGCUGACAUGGCAUCAGUUUACCCACCAGAUGCGACAAGUGAUCCGAUGUGAUUUGAGUGAAGAUACCACACAGGGUUACUUCUUCGAAGCGGUUGUUUUGGAGGAGAAAGUCCGAGAAGGUAUGCCCUCUCUAUCUAAUCGUAAACAUAGAUAAGC